AUGGCUCUGAAGGCUGAAUUUGAUGAACACGGACAAGGACGUUCGAAACCGGUUGAAGCUUCGCAGCAGAAAGAACGCAGGGGUUUGGAUCACUAUGAUGAAAAGUUAAAAAAGGCCAAUCUUCGGUGGGAUCCCAGCAAGGAGGAAAUAUUUAUAGAGGAAAAAAUCGAUUGGUUUAUGAACACAAAAGAGCCACCGUGCAUCAAAGAUCUAAACAGUUGGAUAAAAGUCGGACCAACAUACUGUACGACUAUGACUUUGUACUGCGAUGCAGCAGUUUUAAGUGGAGUGUUAAGCUCGAAAUUAGUGCUCGAAAAUUUGGACAAAAACGAGAUAGAACGAGCGCGAACGAGAUCGAAUCCUUUUGAAACGAUUUACGGUUCAAUAUUCCUCAACAGAGCUGCUGUGAAGAUGGCGAAUUUGGACAAAGCUUGCAACUACGUAUUGACCACCCCAAACAUAUUGGGAUCCGACGAGCUCUUGUAUUUUGCCGAUGUUUGCGCUGGUCCCGGUGGUUUCAGCGAGUAUGUGCUAUGGCGGAAGAAGUGGCAUGCCAAAGGUUUUGGCUUCACAUUACGAGAGUCGAAUGAUUUCAAGCUGGAAGAGUUCUAUUCGGGUUCGCCGGACACUUUUCAUCCGUUUUAUGGUCCCAAAGGCGACGGAGAUGUUUGUAAUCCGGAAAAUCAAGAAGCAUUCAGACAAAUGAUCAUGCGACAAACGCAUGGACAUGGUGUCCAUGUCAUGAUGUCCGAUGGUGAUUUUUCGGUCGAGGGGCAAGAGAAUAUGCAGGAAAUGCUAUCAAAACAGUUGUACCUCUGCCAGUGUCUCGUUGCAUUAAUGGUCGUUCGUGAAAGAGGACAUUUCGUGACAAAAUUGUUUGACAUCUACACUCCCUUUUCCGCGGGUCUCGUUUACAUAAUGUCUCGAUGUUUCGAAAGCAUUUCUAUAUUCAAACCGAACACAUCGAGACCAGUUAAUUCCGAGCGCUAUCUCAUUUGCAAAGGGAAACAUUCGAACGUAGCGGAUGUGAUUGAAUAUUUUUCACGUGUUAAUCGUAUCUUGUUGAACCAAGACAGAAAUCAAGACGCAAUGCAACUCGUGCCCCAUGAAGUCCUGAAGGGAGACAAAGAAUUUUUCAAAUACUUUAAAAAUUCAAACGAAGUUCUCGGCCGACGACAAAUCGUUGGACUCCAAAAAAUCGCUGCUUUUUGCGAAGACGCCACUCUCAUGGAGAAUCGACAAACUGAGACGAGAAAAAUGUGCCUCAAACAUUGGAACUUGCCUGACAGGAUUCGUACUAUUCCUCGGAUGAGUGCACCCGGAGAACGCUUGAAAACUAUCAUGAAAAAUUCCACCAUGAGGUUUAUGACGACUCAACCUGAGACACUCAAGAUUUCGAACCUCCCCAAAUUAUUGAAUGUACAUCACGAUUGGUUCUGUAUGAUUUGCGAGUCUUCCAAUCAAAUCAACGACGCAUCCCCUAGUUUCUAUAUUGGACUCGGCGGAUCGAAAUCUUACCGUUACGACAACGGUACUUGGAUCAGAGUUCCAAAUCUUUAUUUAUGCCCCGACACUCUGAUUUUUGCUGAGCUUGUCACCGAAUUACGAGGCCAAUACACCCAGCAGACGAGUACGAGUGCUCUUCACAUUCUCGACUCUUAUUUUCUGGGAGGCGAGAACGUUAGUCAAAAGUACAUCGAAGAGAGGUACAAAUUGACGAAGUUGUACACCGAGGCUCUCUGGAAACCGACGAACGGCGAAUGGAUUCGCGUAAGAGCGAAAGAGUUGCAUCCCCUGACGGAGAAUCUCGAGAAAAAAUUUAAUCUUCAGCUCCGUACGUUGAAACAAGGUACUCAAGUGUUAACGCACGUAUCAUCGCGAGAUAGCGCCCAAUACGAAGGCACCGAUGACCCUUAUUUCGUAGUGCCGAACAGCGUUGUGUUUUUCAAGAGCACUGCACUUCAUUGGUCUCGACAUAUCAGUCAGACUUCUGGUUAUCCUUAUUUUUACAAUUGCAAGAACAAUAUGUCUUACUACGAAAUGCAAAAGCCAGCAUGCGCGAAUGCUUCUUUCGAGGAAUCGUUUGAGAAUCGUUUUGUUUGGUAUUGGUCGCCAGAUUCGACGUUGACGAGAGAAAGUUUAUUUGAGAUGAUCCGUAACAAGCGGGUGCAACCGAUGACUAAAUAA